CUUUGACGUCAGAUUGCCAUGGUGACCGGCUGAAUGGGGACAAGAUGGCGGCCGGGCCGGGAAGGAGAGGGACGUUAGAGCAUUGGGGCUGCCCGGCCUGGCUGCUCACACUCGGGGCGUUAUUCCUGUUGUGCGUCUGUUAUACUGGAGCCGCUCACUGCAGGCACCGGGCCCCCGCCCCCCGAGAGGUUGUAUAUAAAGUUCCCCAGAAAUCCAAUCACAAACUGAAGAGACAUGUGGCCCCGCAGCUGCGAGUACAGACAGUUUAUGAUAAAAGUAUUGAGAGCCUUACACUGGAAAAGAGAAGACUCGUGAAGAACAAGCUUUUCCCACAAGCGAUCUCCUAUCUGCAAAUGACCUUCCAGGUGCGGAAGCCCAGCAGCUCCGUUCUGCUCAGCAGGCAAUGUGCAACCAACCAGUAUCUGAAAAAGAGAGACGAUCCCCAUAGAUACUGUCAUGGCGCCUGCUCAGAGUCCACACGGUGUGGCCCCGUCAUUGUACCAGAAGAACAUCUACAGCAAUGCAGGGUGUGUAGUGAAACCCAGUGGCACUGUGGCCCCUCAGGUCCCCCCGACGGCCCAGGGAUUCCGGAUACUGACUUUGUUCUGUACGUGAGUGCAAUGACCACUGAGCGGUGCAGCCAGGAGAACAUUGUGGCGUAUGCCGCUUACUGCCAGCUGGAGGCUGAAAUGGACAGACCCAUCGCUGGUUACGCCAACUUGUGCCCAAACAUGAUUUCCACUCAGCCCCAGGAGUUUGUGGGCAUGUUAUCCACAGUGAAACAUGAGAUCAUCCAUGCCCUGGGCUUUUCCGCUGGGCUCUUUGCCUUUUACUAUGACGAUGAUGGGAACCCGCUGACACCGAGAUACAUAAAUGGCCUCCCGUACUUCAAUGAGAGCCGCGGAUUCUACCAGUGGAGCAACAAAGUGGUUCGCAUGGUGCAGAGGGUCUGGGACGUGCGCGGCCAGAAAACUCUUCCCCACAACGUUUUUCUCCUGGUCACCCCGAGAGUUACAGAGGAAGCACGGAAGCACUUUGACUGCCCCAUUCUGGAGGGGAUGGAGCUGGAGAACCAGGGCGGCAUCGGCACAGAGCUGAACCACUGGGAGAAACGGCUAUUAGAGAAUGAAGCCAUGACUGGGUCCCACACACAGAACAGAGUGUUCUCCAGAAUAACAUUGGCACUGAUGGAAGACACGGGGUGGUACAGAGCCAAUUACAGUAUGGCGGAGAGACUGGACUGGGGCCGCGGGCAAGGCUGCGAUUUUGCCAUGAAAAGCUGUAAAUUCUGGAUUGACAAACUCAAGAGAAAGAAUCAGCGCUUAAGUCCAUUCUGUGACACGGUGCGGAGCAACCCCCUGCAACUCACCUGUAGGCAGGACCAGAAGGCUGUGGCCAUAUGUAACCUGCAGAGAUUUGCCAGCCCGUUACCCCAGGAAUACCAGUACUUUGAUGACAUCCCUGGGGUGUUGGCGGACGACUUGCCUCACUACGGCGGCGCUGUGGAAAUCGCAGACUUUUGCCCCUUUGCCCAGGAGUUCCGCUGGCACCAGAGCGGGGAGUUCCAGCGCAGCUCCGACUGCAGAGCCCCGGAGAACCAACCAGCUUCCUCUAAAAAUUACGGCGCUGAGCGCUAUGGGCCGGGGUCUGCCUGCCUGGAGCAGAGAUCUGCCUUUGUGAUGGAGCAGUGCACUAAAAGGAUGAGUUACCCCGACUGGGGCAGCGGCUGUUACCAGGUGAGUUGCACAGAGGACGGGCUGCAAGUGUGGGUUCAUGACACCCCGUAUCUCUGCACCAAAUGGGGCCAGAUCCUGCGUGUCCGUGUGCAGAUGAAUGCCUGGCUCUAUGAUGGGAAUCUGGUUUGCCCCCCCUGCCCAGACUUCUGUGAGAUGUGCCCACCUGAGCGAGACCCCCCUCUGGACAACAGAAGCCGAGCCGCCCCAUUGGAUCUCUGCUCUCACUCCCCCAACCUGGUGGUGACCCUGCGGCUCCUGACGCUCAAUCUGCUCCCGGUGCUGGCCGGCUUCUUCCUCUGUGUGUAUAACUAGCCGCCAGGCUAUGGGCUGGGGGAGAUGGGCUCGCUCUGGAUCAGAGCUUCUCUCGUGUCUGUGACACUGGCCGCACCUUACUCUGCCAUCAGAGUGAAUAAACACCUGCCCCCCGAUA